ACGCCUCUUCUGGUGCAGGAUAGCUUUAUCCCGGAUUUCCAUUUCGUUUUUCCUGAGCUCGGACAUUGCUGCUGCAUUUGAUUUUCCUCUGGCUUGCGUACAUGUCUGCAGCACUUGACUCUAACUUGUGCCCAGAGCUUUGCCAGACUGUUCUCUUGCACCAUCCCCCCAAUGAUAUAUUACUAGGCUUUAAUAACCUGCUGACAGAUCUUCACUUAUGCAAACAUAAGUUUUUAUUUUGUCACCUUGGAUGAUUGAACGCCAAUGAAAUAAUUUGUAGAUGAGCCCAAUUAACAUGCUAUUAGCAAGAAGCAGUUAUUCCUCUGCGAGUUUGGUGACUAACACUCCAAAGUAUGAACCGAAGUGCUUGAGCAAGAACUGAAGCUUCCAGAGAAAGGGUUCAGCUACACAAACAAUGGCCAAAAUAAGGAAUGGGAGUAAAUCUGGAGUAAAAUUGAAUGACAAAAGCAGAGAAAACCACAAAGGGAAAAGAAAGCAAAAGUUUGCAGUCGGUACGGAGGGAACGUGGCUUAAAGAAGUGAUGCCUGUUUCAAAGCAACAACCUGAUAGAACACCUCCAAUGAAUACUGGUAGCUUUGGUACAAUUAAUUUGGAAGUAUCCUACUGUGAGAAUCCUGAGGUUUUUGAAGAAGGCGAGAAAAAGCACGUUCAGACCCCACCACAGGAGAGGAAGAUUAAGAGAAGAAGAAAGCGCAGAGCAAACAAGAGGGGAAGGUCGCAAGUUAGUAAAAAGAACCUUGUAAAGGGCAGAUUUACCGUUGCUGUGCUAAAGCCAUUUGGCCUCCGCGUUCUCCAUUCCAAGCCAACUUCAUCUACAAAUGUAUCCAUUCCACACACUCACAAAUGGAAAAUGAAAUUGAAAACCCAAAGUAAACUUCAGAGUGAAGAGAGACAGAGGAAACAGAUAAUGGUGCCAACUGACAGUCAUCUGGAAAAUUCAACUAAUAAUACGAUAAAGGAGUGGAUUUGUCAAAAGAAUGAGUUAUUAAAAAAAGAAAGAGAAGCAAAGAGGAAGCGGAGAAGUCUGGAGAGAGCUGCAGGUAAAAGGCAAGAACUAGAUAAACAGAAGAGGCAAAAGGAAUCUGAAGAAAAGGUAAAACUGUGGAUGAUGAAGAAAGGCAUAAUCAGAACACAGGACAGUAACAAGUGUACAGUUUCACUUGAUGCAAUUGUAGGUGGUCAGAAUUCAAAGGCAUCACCACCUAUAAUAGACAUGGUCAGAAAAUCUCUUAGUCAAAGUCCAAGUAAAUCAAUGAAGAGUGAAGUACAAGUCCCUGAUGAAAAGCUGGAGGUGAAACAGAAAAAUAAACUCUUUCUUGAAACAGGGAGAUCCAAAACAGGGAUCUUGGCUUCUAAGGAUCAAAUGGUGAGCUUGUGCAAAAUGAUGUCAACAUUGGAUCAAGGUUCAGAGUGUGGGAAUCUUGUGUCACAGACAUCAAACAGCAAGAACAAGUUAGUGCAUCAAGACAUCAAUGAAAAAUCACUUUCAACCUCAAUGCCUAUUAAAGUAGAAAAGAAAAGCUCAGCGAGUUCGAGCAACGUCUCUCAGGUCAAAGAACAGAACAAUGAUUGCAGCAGAAGAGAGAAACACUUUAUGUACCAAAUGCCAUUCAAUGAAAAGCUUUCAAGAAAAGCCAAAGAAUUCAAGCAAGUUCAAGCAAAAAUUGAGGAACAGAAGACUGAACUAGACAAAGAUCUUCAACCUGUCCCAACAUUAGCAACCAAUCAAAUUCAAAGUAUAACAGAUAAUAAAAAUAAUAUCAUCAUAGCAAAAGAGACAAAUGCAUCACCUAACAUCUUGUUGACAGCCAAGUUAACUGAUGCAAUUUCAAAUCCAAAAUGGCUUCAGCAGGCUAUGGUUACUCCAGCUGUAAAGAACUGGUUUGUGCACAGACUGGAAGAGCAAGCAAUGCAUGGCGCAGAUAGUAAUUCAUCGGUACAAGAUGUCCAGCUUUGCGAGGAGCACAUGCAUAAUACCUCUUCUCUGUAUGGAAGGUCAUUUAGAAAAGCUGAAGAAAGAUUAUUAGCUUUGAAACAAAGUCACACUUUUAAAGAUAAAGAUGUUGGUGUUGGUGAAAGUUUGAAGAAAACAUUGUUGGCUCCUAAUAUAAACCCCUCUCAAAGACCAAGUUUAUGGGAUAAGGAGAAGAUAAAAGAAUAAAGCAAUUAAUGUUCAUAUAGGGGGAUGGCAGCACACUUAAUCUUAUUUUGUCACUCAGAGAAACUCAUACUCUCUGAGUAGUAUACAUCAGAUCAAACAACUGCAUGGGUCAUAUUUGUUACCAAGUUAAUCUCGUAUUGUACAAACAUUUUUUAUAUGUUAAACUGAUAGAAGAGUUGCGAACCAGAGCAGGGAGGACAAAAGGUGAUUGAGAAAGCAACUAACAGUGACAUUAGGAAAACUGACUUGGCCCAGUGCUUUGCUAUUCACAGAAUGAUAGAAUGGUCAGAGCACAUUCAGCUAUGGUUUUGGGAAUUGGAUAACUGCUUGAAGAGGAAAAAUCCUUCAAAACCUUGAGUAGGAGUUAGGAAAAGCUGGUAUGGAAACAGUGGGCCAAAUUGCCAGUCUUACAUCCUAUGGAAUUAUUUUAAAUGGUUCCAUGUAAUAGUGUAACUAAACAAUGAAUUAAUAUUGUACAAAUAAACUCUCUCUCUCACCUGAUAAUACUCGCUGUAUUUUUUUUAACCUGUGCUGAAUGAAAAACUGAAUAAGCUUUUGAAAUUCAGUUUUCUUAGGAACCAAUCAAUUGCACCCAUAUUCAAAGAACUUGAAGCUACUUGGGUUUGUAAUUAAAGAAAAAAGUGUAUUGAUAUAAAUCUCAGGUGUUUAUGGACAAGUACCACUGUAAAAUAAUCAGAAGUUGUUUUGCUUAUGUAAAUAAGGACAUAACUGAUUAUUUUAUUUUAACUGAUUAUUAAUGGUGUACAAAGCCACGGAUAUUUCUCAGCAGUUCUUGCCCAAUCAAACAAGGAAGGAAUCUGAUUUGGCUAGUUCCAUCAAUGAGCAGAUGUACAUUUUUACAUGUUCCCGCUGAGUAUGCGGAAAGACAGAAGUCUUCAGCAAGACAUUGGGAUUCCCCAAACCAUUACAUGACUGCACAUCAUUAACAUUCAUUUGACAAACUGAC